CUUUUCUGCUCCACUUGUAGUCUCCUUGCGUGUUUUAUUUCUCUUCUUCUUCUCUCUUCUGUGCUCUCCUCCUGCCUUCUCAUCUUUCCUGCUUCCACUUUCUUACCUGUCACUCGUUCCGUCUGUCGCUACAAGACCCGCUUGCAUUGGAUCUGCCUCGCCUUUGGCCCUCUCCUCUGUCCCUCAUCCUUGCCUCCACCUAAUCUCCUCCAUUCUUGCCUUCGUUCUCGAAGCAGGUCCAGGAAUUCCAGCGAUCACUUCUCAACCCAGUAUCCCCGUUUCAAAAACCACCACACCACCCUCACCACCGAUCAACCAUGCUGUCUAAUCUGCUGCUGGUCCUGGCCUCGACGGCUGCUCUGGUGAACAGCCAGUCUACCUCAUCCAUUGACCCCAACUCGGUCGAUAUCAAGACGCGUCAAUACUGGUGCAGUGCCCAAAAAUCCGCCUGUCCCCUACUCUGCCUCCAAAUCGCCUCCGGCGUCCCAGAGAGCAACAACUGCACUGCUGAAACCCUCACAUACAGCUGUGUCUGCAGCAACGGCAUCUCCCCCAACGCCUCAGAGUACUCCCAGACCCUGCCGUACUUCAUCUGCACCGAAGCCAAUAACCAAUGCGUCAACGCCUGCAGCGAUUCCGCCUGUCAAUCCAGAUGCCGCACUGCCAACCCCUGCGGCGCUCAAAACCCGCCCCGUGUCAACGUCACCUCUACCGCUUCCUCGUCCGUGGCUGCUACUAGCACCGCCGCCAGCAAUGUCAUUCAGACCGGUGGGGCUACUGGUGCGGCUCCCCGUGGUGUCUCUGUUGAGAUGAGCCAGGUUUAUGGGCUGUGUGUGUUGGUUGGUGGUGUUGUUGCUGGCUUUGCGGUGUUGCUGUAAGCCGGUAUGGUGAUGGCAUAUGGCAUGGGGACUGGUGUUGAUAAUUGACUACACUGUCUUGCCUUGCUUUGCUAGCAGCCUUGGUGGUUGUUAGAGGCAGGGAGGGCUUUUUUCUAAUGAUUCUGAUUUCGAGUUCGAUUUAAUCCUGGUCAUGGUGUUUUUUUUCGGCUGGACUCGUGGAUAUUGUGUCCCUUUUUUUUCUUUUUUCUUUUUUCUUUUUUCUUUUUCUUUUUCUUUUUAUUUUC